GCGUGCAAAGCGGUCCUCGCCGCUGCCAUUACCGGAGUUUAGCGCGGAGGAGCGAAGGGAGUUCCUGGUCGUAGCCGUCGGGGCUGCCGGGCGCGGAGCCCUCGCUAGGGGAAGGCAGGUUGCGUUGCUCACCAUGGCAGGAGUCUUCCCUUUCCGGGGCCCAUGCCCCCCAAUGCCCACCCCCUUGACUCCGUUGCCCGACUACAUGUCGGAGGAGAAAUUGCAGGAAAAAGCCCGAAAAUGGCAGCAGCUGCAGGCAAAGCGCUAUGCCGAGAAGAGGAAAUUUGGCUUUGUGGAUGCCCAGAAGGAGGACAUGCCGCCUGAGCACGUGAGGAAGAUCAUCCGUGAUCACGGAGACAUGACCAACAGGAAAUUCCGUCAUGACAAGCGGGUGUAUUUGGGGGCCCUGAAGUACAUGCCCCACGCAGUUCUGAAGCUCCUGGAGAACAUGCCGAUGCCCUGGGAGCAGAUCCGGGACGUGCCUGUCCUCUACCAUAUCACCGGGGCCAUCUCCUUCGUGAACGAGAUCCCGUGGGUGAUUGAGCCGGUGUACAUCGCCCAGUGGGGGUCCAUGUGGAUCAUGAUGAGGCGGGAGAAGAGGGACCGGCGGCAUUUCAAGCGAAUGCGCUUCCCGCCCUUUGACGAUGAAGAGCCCCCCCUUGACUACGCGGACAACAUCCUGGACGUGGAGCCCCUGGAGGCCAUCCAGCUGGAGCUGGACCCGGAGGAAGACGCUCCCGUCUUGGACUGGUUCUACGACCACCAGCCCCUGAAGGACAGCCGCAAGUACGUCAACGGCUCCACCUACCAGCGAUGGCAGUUCACCCUCCCCAUGAUGUCCACCCUCUACCGCCUGGCCAACCAGCUCCUCACAGACCUGGUGGACGACAACUACUUCUACCUCUUCGACCUGAAGGCCUUCUUCACCUCCAAGGCCCUCAACAUGGCCAUUCCAGGGGGCCCCAAGUUUGAGCCCCUGGUUCGGGACAUCAACCUGCAGGACGAGGACUGGAAUGAAUUUAAUGACAUCAACAAGAUCAUCAUCCGGCAGCCGAUCCGGACCGAGUACAAGAUCGCCUUCCCCUACCUCUACAACAACCUUCCCCACCACGUCCACCUCACCUGGUAUCACACCCCCAACGUGGUCUUCAUCAAAACGGAGGAUCCAGACCUGCCAGCUUUCUAUUUUGAUCCCCUCAUUAACCCCAUUUCACACAGACAUUCGGUUAAGAGCCAGGAGCCGCUCCCUGAUGACGACGAGGAGUUUGAGCUGCCAGAGUUUGUGGAGCCCUUCCUCAAGGAGACCCCUCUGUACACGGACAACACGGCCAACGGCAUCGCCCUCCUCUGGGCCCCGCGGCCCUUCAACCUGCGCUCUGGCCGCACCCGGCGAGCCCUGGACAUCCCUCUGGUCAAGAACUGGUACCGAGAGCAUUGCCCCGCCGGGCAGCCUGUGAAGGUGCGGGUCUCUUACCAGAAGCUCCUGAAGUACUACGUCCUCAACGCGCUCAAGCACAGGCCCCCCAAGGCCCAGAAGAAGAGGUACCUCUUCCGCUCCUUCAAGGCCACCAAGUUCUUCCAGUCCACCAAGCUGGACUGGGUGGAGGUGGGGCUGCAGGUCUGCCGCCAGGGCUACAACAUGCUCAACCUCCUGAUCCACCGCAAGAACCUCAACUACCUCCACCUGGACUACAACUUCAACCUGAAGCCCGUCAAGACCCUCACCACCAAGGAAAGGAAGAAGUCUCGCUUUGGCAAUGCCUUCCACCUGUGCCGGGAGGUGCUGCGUCUGACCAAGCUGGUGGUGGACAGCCAUGUCCAGUACAGGCUAGGAAACGUGGAUGCCUUCCAGCUGUCAGACGGCCUCCAGUACAUCUUCGCUCACGUGGGGCAGCUGACUGGGAUGUACCGGUACAAAUACAAGCUGAUGAGGCAGAUCCGGAUGUGCAAAGACCUCAAGCACCUCAUUUACUACCGCUUCAACACCGGGCCGGUGGGGAAAGGCCCCGGCUGUGGUUUCUGGGCUCCCGGCUGGCGCGUGUGGCUCUUCUUCAUGAGAGGGAUUACGCCCCUGCUGGAGCGGUGGCUGGGGAACCUCCUGGCCAGGCAGUUUGAGGGCCGCCAUUCAAAGGGGGUGGCCAAGACUGUCACCAAGCAGCGGGUGGAGUCCCACUUCGACCUGGAGCUGCGGGCGGCAGUGAUGCACGACAUCCUGGACAUGAUGCCUGAGGGGAUCAAGCAGAACAAGGCCCGGACCAUCCUGCAGCACCUGAGUGAGGCCUGGCGGUGCUGGAAGGCCAAUAUCCCUUGGAAGGUCCCGGGGCUGCCAACUCCCAUCGAGAACAUGAUCUUGCGGUACGUGAAGGCCAAAGCGGACUGGUGGACCAACACAGCGCAUUACAACCGGGAGCGCAUCCGCCGCGGGGCCACUGUGGACAAGACGGUCUGCAAGAAGAACCUGGGCCGCCUGACUCGCCUCUACCUGAAGGCCGAGCAGGAGAGGCAGCACAACUACCUGAAGGACGGGCCGUACAUCACCGCGGAGGAGGCUGUGGCCGUUUACACCACCACGGUGCACUGGCUGGAGAGCCGGCGCUUCUCCCCCAUCCCUUUCCCUCCCCUCUCCUACAAGCACGACACCAAGCUCCUGAUCCUGGCCCUGGAGAGGCUGAAGGAGGCUUACAGUGUGAAGUCUCGUCUGAACCAGUCCCAGCGGGAGGAGCUGGGCCUGAUCGAGCAGGCCUACGACAACCCUCACGAGGCCCUUUCGCGCAUCAAGCGGCAUUUGCUGACCCAGCGGGCCUUCAAGGAGGUGGGCAUCGAGUUUAUGGACCUCUACAGCCACCUGGUCCCUGUCUAUGACGUGGAGCCCCUGGAGAAGAUCACAGACGCCUACCUGGACCAGUACCUGUGGUACGAGGCAGACAAGAGACGUCUCUUCCCUCCGUGGAUCAAGCCAGCCGACACGGAGCCCCCUCCGCUGCUGGUAUACAAGUGGUGCCAGGGCAUUAACAACCUGCAGGACGUGUGGGAGACCAGCGAAGGGGAGUGCAACGUCAUGCUGGAGUCCCGCUUUGAGAAGAUGUACGAGAAGAUCGACUUGACGCUGCUUAACAGGCUGCUGCGUCUCAUCGUUGACCACAACAUCGCCGACUACAUGACAGCCAAGAACAACGUGGUCAUCAACUACAAGGACAUGAACCACACCAACUCCUACGGGAUCAUCCGGGGCCUGCAGUUCGCCUCCUUCAUUGUCCAGUACUACGGGCUGGUGAUGGAUCUGCUGGUGCUCGGCCUGCACCGCGCCAGUGAGAUGGCCGGCCCCCCGCAGAUGCCCAACGACUUCCUCAGCUUCCAAGACUUGGCCACAGAGGUGGCCCACCCGAUACGCUUGUUCUGCAGAUACAUCGACCGCAUCCACAUCUUUUUCAGGUUCACGGCGGAUGAGGCCAGGGACCUGAUCCAGCGCUACCUGACCGAGCAUCCGGAUCCAAACAACGAGAACAUCGUGGGCUACAACAACAAGAAGUGCUGGCCUCGUGAUGCUCGCAUGCGCCUCAUGAAGCAUGACGUCAACCUGGGCCGUGCCGUCUUCUGGGACAUCAAGAACCGGCUGCCGCGCUCCGUCACCACGGUGCAGUGGGAGAACAGCUUUGUGUCUGUGUACAGCAAGGACAACCCCAACCUGCUUUUCAACAUGUGCGGCUUCGAGUGUCGCAUCCUGCCCAAGUGCCGGACCAGCUACGAAGAGUUCACCCACAAGGACGGGGUGUGGAACUUGCAGAAUGAGGUGACCAAGGAACGCACCGCCCAGUGCUUCUUGCGAGUGGACGAUGAGUCCAUGCAGCGGUUCCACAACCGGGUCAGGCAGAUCCUGAUGGCCUCCGGCUCCACCACCUUCACCAAGAUCGUGAAUAAGUGGAACACGGCCCUGAUCGGCUUAAUGACCUACUUCCGGGAGGCCGUGGUGAACACCCAGGAGCUGCUGGACUUGCUGGUGAAGUGCGAGAACAAGAUCCAGACUCGGAUCAAGAUUGGCCUGAACUCCAAGAUGCCCAGCCGCUUCCCGCCCGUGGUCUUCUACACCCCCAAGGAGCUUGGGGGGCUGGGCAUGCUCUCCAUGGGCCACGUCCUGAUCCCUCAGUCUGACCUCAGGUGGUCCAAGCAGACGGACGUGGGCAUCACUCACUUCCGGUCCGGAAUGAGCCACGAGGAGGACCAGCUGAUCCCCAACCUCUACCGGUACAUCCAGCCGUGGGAGAGUGAAUUCAUCGACUCCCAGCGGGUGUGGGCCGAAUACGCCCUCAAGCGGCAGGAAGCCAUUGCUCAGAACAGGCGCCUGACCCUGGAGGACCUGGAGGACUCGUGGGACAGAGGCAUCCCACGCAUCAACACCCUCUUCCAGAAGGACCGGCACACGCUGGCCUACGACAAGGGCUGGAGGGUCAGGACGGAUUUCAAGCAGUACCAGGUGCUGAAGCAGAACCCCUUCUGGUGGACCCACCAGCGCCACGACGGGAAGCUCUGGAACCUGAACAACUACCGCACGGACAUGAUCCAGGCCCUGGGCGGGGUGGAGGGCAUCCUGGAGCACACGCUCUUUAAGGGCACCUACUUUCCCACCUGGGAGGGGCUCUUCUGGGAAAAAGCCAGUGGCUUCGAGGAGUCCAUGAAGUGGAAGAAGCUGACCAACGCCCAGCGUUCAGGUCUCAAUCAGAUCCCCAACCGGAGGUUCACCCUCUGGUGGUCUCCCACCAUCAACAGGGCCAACGUCUACGUGGGCUUCCAGGUGCAGCUGGACCUGACUGGCAUCUUCAUGCAUGGCAAAAUCCCCACGCUGAAGAUCUCCCUGAUCCAGAUCUUCCGGGCUCACUUGUGGCAGAAGAUCCACGAAAGCAUCGUCAUGGACCUCUGCCAGGUGUUUGACCAGGAGCUGGACGCCUUGGAGAUUGAGACAGUGCAGAAGGAGACCAUCCACCCCAGGAAGUCCUACAAGAUGAACUCCUCCUGCGCGGACAUCCUCCUCUUCGCCUCCUACAAGUGGAACGUCUCCCGGCCCUCCCUGCUGGCAGACUCCAAGGACGUGAUGGACAGCACCACCACCCAGAAGUACUGGAUCGACAUCCAGCUGCGUUGGGGAGACUAUGAUUCACAUGACAUCGAGCGUUACGCCCGGGCAAAGUUCCUGGACUACACUACGGACAACAUGAGCAUCUACCCCUCCCCCACCGGGGUCCUCAUUGCCAUUGACCUGGCCUACAACCUGCACAGCGCCUACGGGAACUGGUUCCCGGGGAGCAAGCCCCUGAUCCAGCAGGCCAUGGCCAAGAUCAUGAAGGCCAACCCGGCCUUGUACGUGCUGAGGGAGCGGAUCCGCAAGGGGCUGCAGCUUUACUCCUCGGAGCCCACCGAGCCCUACCUGUCCUCGCAGAACUACGGGGAGCUCUUCUCCAACCAGAUCAUCUGGUUUGUGGACGACACCAACGUCUACAGGGUCACCAUCCACAAGACCUUCGAGGGGAACCUGACCACGAAGCCCAUCAACGGGGCCAUCUUCAUCUUCAACCCUCGGACCGGGCAGCUCUUCUUGAAGAUCAUCCACACUUCCGUCUGGGCUGGGCAAAAGCGUUUGGGCCAGCUGGCCAAGUGGAAGACGGCGGAAGAGGUGGCGGCUCUGAUCCGGUCCCUGCCUGUGGAGGAGCAGCCCAAGCAGAUCAUCGUCACCCGGAAGGGCAUGUUGGAUCCCUUGGAGGUGCACCUCCUGGACUUCCCCAACAUUGUGAUCAAGGGCUCGGAGCUGCAGCUUCCCUUCCAGGCCUGCCUGAAGGUGGAGAAGUUUGGGGACCUCAUCUUGAAGGCGACCGAACCCCAGAUGGUCCUCUUCAACCUUUACGAUGACUGGCUGAAGACCAUCUCUUCCUACACGGCCUUUUCCCGCCUGAUCCUCAUCCUGCGGGCGCUGCACGUGAACAAUGAUCGGGCCAAAGUCAUCCUGAAGCCGGACAAGACCACCAUCACCGAGCCUCACCACAUCUGGCCCACCUUGACCGAUGAGGAGUGGAUCAAAGUGGAGGUGCAGCUGAAGGACCUGAUCUUGGCCGACUAUGGCAAGAAGAACAAUGUGAACGUGGCUUCCUUGACCCAGUCCGAGAUCCGGGACAUCAUCCUCGGCAUGGAGAUCUCAGCGCCUUCCCAGCAGCGGCAGCAGAUCGCGGAGAUCGAGAAGCAGACCAAGGAGCAGAGCCAGCUGACGGCCACCCAGACGCGGACGGUCAACAAACACGGCGACGAGAUCAUCACAUCCACCACCAGCAACUACGAGACCCAGACCUUCUCCUCCAAGACCGAGUGGCGGGUCAGGGCCAUCUCUGCCGCCAACCUGCACUUGCGCACCAACCACAUCUACGUCUCCUCGGAUGACAUCAAAGAGACCGGCUACACCUACAUCCUGCCCAAGAACGUCCUGAAGAAGUUCAUCUGCAUCUCCGACCUGCGAGCUCAGAUUGCGGGAUACCUCUAUGGGGUGAGUCCCCCAGACAACCCCCAGGUGAAGGAGAUCCGGUGUAUUGUGAUGGUGCCUCAGUGGGGAACCCAUCAGACCGUCCACCUCCCCGGCCAGCUGCCCCAGCAUGAGUACCUGAAGGAAAUGGAGCCUCUGGGGUGGAUUCACACCCAACCCAACGAGUCUCCCCAGCUCUCCCCACAAGAUGUGACCACCCACGCCAAAGUCAUGGCCGAGAACCCCUCCUGGGACGGGGAGAAGACCAUCAUCAUCACCUGCAGCUUCACUCCGGGCUCCUGCACCCUGACCGCCUACAAGCUGACCCCCAGUGGCUACGAGUGGGGCCGGCAGAACACGGACAAGGGCAACAACCCCAAGGGAUACCUGCCCUCCCACUACGAGCGGGUGCAGAUGCUGCUCUCGGACCGCUUCCUGGGCUUCUUCAUGGUGCCGGCCCAGAGCUCCUGGAACUACAACUUCAUGGGCGUCCGGCAUGACCCCAACAUGAAGUACGAGCUGCAGCUGGCCAACCCGAAGGAGUUCUACCACGAGGUCCACCGCCCCUCCCACUUCCUCAACUUCGCCCUCCUGCAGGAGGGGGAGGUCUACUCGGCGGACCGGGAGGAUCUCUAUUCCUAG